CGGGCGGAUGCCGCUGCGCGCCUUCGAUUGUGCUGCGACCAUGCACUGAGGAUGGCUCAGCGGUCUCUUGUACAACUUGUUCCCUCGUUCAAGCAGCUGCUUGUCAUCUCGACUGCCCUGCGAGUCGUCCUCAUAUUGUACAGUGAAUGGCAUGAUGCACAUUCCGUCGUCAAGUACACCGACGUCGAUUACCGCGUCUUCAGCGAUGCCGCGAGGUUCCUGCUAAACCCAUCCGAGGAUAACUAUGCGCGAGGACCUCUCGGUAAAUUGGUGCGGCUUGGCGAUCCAUAUACACGGGCGACCUACCGUUACACCCCGCUCCUCGCUGUGCUGCUCGCUCCAAACGAAUGGCUGCACCCGUCGUUCGGGAAGUAUCUGUUCGCGGCAGCCGACAUACUAGCGGGGGUGCUGAUGUACAACCUCUUGACGUCAAACACUCUGCCUACAACUAGUUCAAGGGUCAAUAAUCAGCAACAGGGUAGCUCGCAAGCAGAGGAAAAGGAGGGUGCGGAGGCACGGGAUGGUGGAUGGACGGCGGAACGCUAUGCAACUGCUCUAGUUGCUUCCCACCUGCUCAGCCCGCUCGUCUUCACCAUCUCAACCCGUGGCUCGUCCGAGUCUGUCCUCUCGCUCUUCGUGCUCUCCACGCUCUACUUCGCACUCAAGGGGAGGUGGGACGCUACUGCCAUCCUUCUAGGCUUGAGUACACAUUGGAAGAUCUAUCCGUUCAUCUAUGGGAUUGCGUGCCUUGGUGUUAUUGGCGGGAGCGCAGGACAGAACCAGCGACGCGGCAACUGGCUAAGCGUAUUGGUCAACGCGCGGACAUUGCGCUUCACUGCUCUCAGCGUGGCGACAUUUGUUGGCCUUGGGGCCUUGAUGUAUGCCAUAUGGGGAUACCCUUUCCUAUACGAAUCCUACCUCUACCACCUCCACCGGCUGGACCACCGGCACAACUUCUCCCCCUACUUCUACCUCAUCUACCUGACAUACCCCUCAUCUUCCACCGCGGCGGACUUGCUCGGCAUGCCGUUCUGGAGACGCCUGCUGAGCUCUCCGCUGACGAGCUUCGUGCCGCAAAUGGGGCUCUCGCUGGGUGCGGGACUGCUUUUCGGGCGGCGCAGCGAGGACCUCGUGUUUGCGUGGUUCGUACAGACAGUCGUCUUUGUUGUCUUCAACAAAGUGUGCACCUCGCAGUAUUUCCUCUGGUACACGCUCUUCCUGCCGCUUCUCAUACCGAGACUGCGGAUGUCUCGGAGGCAACUGUUUGCGUAUGUCGCAGUAUGGGUCGGUACGCAGGCAUUAUGGCUGAGCGAGGCGUACAAGCUGGAGUUCCUGGGGCAGAACGUAUUCUUUGGGCUAUGGGUUCGGAGUCUGGUGUAUGUCGUGGGCAACUGCUGGGUGUUAGCGGGCAUAAUGGGAUGCUAUACGCGUUGACAAAGCACUAUAGACUGACUCGUACUCGGCUGACACCGAAGCUCGCGCGUGAGAUAGACUGUGAUUGAACAAUCUUCUCUAGUCUUACAAGUCUAUCUAGCAUACAUCCCAAUGACUGUGCCCCAAAUUCUCAUGACUGCGUAUAUGAUGACUUGACAACCUUCCUGCCGCGUUCUGACUCCUCUGGCGGGAUG